ACGAAGUCGAAAUAAAUUAGCAUGUUUAAGUCCAAGUCCUUCGAUUUGGUAAACGAGGAGAAAACGAAGAAGCCAGAGCGGCUGUAUCAGCCGCGUCGGAUGCGCUGGCUCAAGUACAUCAUUCUACCAGCCAUUUUUGCCUUCGCCGUCCUUCUCGUCCUGUGCAACGUCGAUUUUUCCAACUGUGCCGAUGAAGACGGAGAAGGGACCUCUCUCUAUGUUUCAAACUACAAGUUUGAAAAAGAAACCCUGGAUAGAAGCUUCCUCUCCGGCAGCUUCCGACUGGAAAAGUUGACCCUCGAGGAGUGCCAGCUGAGUCGCAUAGAACAUGGAGUAUUUCAACAAAACAGUACUCGCGAUUUGCUAGUCCUGAAACUUUUAAAUGUGCAGUUGGAAAGGCUAUCGCGAUCAUCACUCAAAGGUCUACAAAGUCUUGAGGACUUCACCUUAACCAACGAGUAUGAGUCAUUCAGAGCCCUCGAAUUUCUGUCACCUGUUUCAAGUACUCUCGUCAACGCCAGUAUCCACCAACACUUUGGUGAAAUAACCUACUCAGUGAGUGACUUUUUGGGAAGCAAAACAUACCCUUCCCUCAAGUGGCUGGAUCUCAGUGGAACCAAUUUGGGAGGAAAAAUAAACGACUAUUCGUUCGAAAACCUGGUUGCUCUGGAGCGUCUGAUUCUAAAGAAUUGCGGUCUGAGCCAGGUGGAUAUCUCUAAGGUAAAAUGUGCUAAGUGGUCACUCAUCUACUUUGACGCCAACUUCUCGAUUGUUUAUAUUGGACAAACUGAAUUUAGUUAUCUGAGAGGUACCUACACUUUAAAGAUCUCAAACUUGAGUUGCAAAAUCCCCUAUACUUACUGUUUGUUACCGGAUGACACGGAAACCUCUCCCUUGAACUGUCGAUCGCACAAGAUCUCAAUGGGAUGUGAGCCCCAAAAUGUGUCCUGGAUUAGCAUACACAUUGGACUGAUAAUCGGAUUGGGAGUGGUUGCUGUAAUUGUCGGCUGUCUUUUGGGAAUGCUGAUCAUGUAUGCGACUCUUCACCAAAAGCCCACCUUGCUUCGAGGUAGCAAGCAUCUAAUUCGCUCCCAUCCAGACUCCAAAUCCAUGUAUCUCAUACCGACAAAGGGAAAGGACGAUCCAUACAGCUGUGUGGGAAGCCGCCUCUCGAUUGUAGACAACCACGAGUACAUUGCCGCCUAUCACAGAUAUCUGGAGCAAGCGAAUAUUCGGCAAACGGAAUCCAAUAGAUACACUCGUCCGCCCCGGGAAAGGGCUCCAUCCGCACCGCCUUGCCCCGAAACUCCUCCCGCUCUUCCCGCCAGGAUCACCUAUGAAUACGAGAGCUUGGAGCUGUACGAGGAGCUUCACUAA